AUGGAGCGCUUCAGAAACUUGCUGGGAGGCGGCGGCAUCGGCCUGGGCGGCCCUGCUCACGGAUCGGACAACACGAACCUGAUCGAUAACUCUGAGACUGUUUACAUUUCAUCACUAGCCCUUCUCAAGAUGCUGCGACACGGCCGCGCCGGUGUGCCUAUGGAAGUUAUGGGUCUGAUGUUGGGCGAGUUUGUCGACGAUUUCACAGUCAAAGUCAUGGAUGUCUUUGCCAUGCCCCAAUCGGGAACUGGAGUUAGUGUCGAGGCUGUUGAUCCCGUAUUUCAAACAAAGAUGAUGGACAUGUUGCGCCAAACAGGACGCCCCGAGUCCGUCGUCGGCUGGUACCACUCGCAUCCUGGUUUCGGCUGCUGGUUGUCUUCUGUUGAUAUCAACACUCAGCAGUCAUUCGAGCAGCUUAACCCGCGCGCCGUGGCUGUCGUCGUUGACCCUAUCCAGUCUGUCAAGGGCAAGGUCGUUAUCGAUGCCUUCCGACUCAUCAAUCCCCAGCUUCUUAUGAUGGGCCAGGAGCCACGCCAAAGCACGAGCAACCUCGGUCAUCUCAACAAGCCCUCCAUCCAAGCACUCAUCCACGGCCUCAACCGACACUACUACUCGAUCGGCAUAAACUACCGCAAGACGGCAUUGGAGGAGAACAUGCUUAUGAACCUGCACAAGCACGUUUGGACAGAAGCACUGGAGAUGGACGAUUUUAAGGUCGAAGGAGAGAAGAACAAGGACCGUCUCGAGCGCCUUGUUACUUUGGCCGACGGCUACGAGAAGCGCGUCAAGGAGGAAACUGAAUUGACAAAGGACCAGCUCAAGACCCGCUAUGUCGGCAAGGUCGACCCAAAGAAGCAUUUGGAAGAUGUUGGCCAAGAGCUCAUUGAGGAUAACAUUGUUUCAGUCUCGAGACAAAUGAUUGACAAGGAGGCCACGAUGCCCAAGAAAGAGGGCGAGUCUGGUGGUCGGUGCGCCGCAGAGGCCACCAAAAUGGUCACUGAUAAAGAGGAGGAGGAGUUAUAA